AUGGAUUCCAGGCUCCUGAUUGGACCGGGGGUCCCCACACCGGACCCGACCGCCCGGGAGCCCUGGAACAUCAGCUCCAUCAGCUCCAUAAGCCCGCACCGGCUCCUGGAGCUAUCUGCUGUCACCACCGCAGGUCCCAUGGUUACAAGCCACCCAUUUCCAACGGUAGACGUCCCCGCCCACGCUCACUACACCAUUGGUGUGGUCAUCCUGAUCGUUGGCAUCACGGGCAUGCUGGGAAACCUCCUGGUUAUAUAUGCUUUCUGCAGGAGCCGAAGUUUGCGGACACCGUCCAACAUUUUCAUCAUUAACCUGGCAAUCACAGACUUGCUGAUGUGUGUUACUCAGACACCCACCUUCUUCAUUAACAGCAUGCACAAGCGAUGGAUCUUUGGAAAGAAAGGUUGUGAAAUAUACGCCUUUUGCGGAGCGCUGUUUGGUAUCUGCAGUAUGAUAACACUAAUGGUGAUUGCGGUGGACCGGUACGUAGUGAUCACCCGGCCUCUGGCCUCCCUGGGGGGGAUGUCUCGCAGGAAAGCCCUGUGCAUCCUGGCUGCUGCCUGGGUCUACUCCGCAGGGUGGAGCCUGCCCCCCUUCUUUGGCUGGAGUGCUUAUGUCCCAGAAGGUCUGAUGACGUCCUGUUCCUGGGAUUACAUGACAUUUACUCCUUCUGUCCGUUCCUACACCAUGCUGCUCUUUAUCUUCGUCUUCUUCAUCCCUCUCUUCAUCAUCAUCUUCAGCUACUUCUGCAUCUUCAGAGCCAUCCGACACACAACCAGAGCGAUAACACAGAUGAACUGUCAGGGAACCAGAGACUCUGCAAAGAAGUUCAAUAAGAUGAAGACUGAAUGGAAGAUGGCAAAGAUCGCACUCAUCGUCAUCCUGCUAUACGUCAUCUCUUGGGCCCCUUACUCGUGUGCUGCCCUCACUGCAUUUGCUGGGCACGCUGACAUGUUGACUCCGUACAUGCACUCUGUUCCUGCUGUGAUCGCCAAGGCAUCUGCAAUCCACAACCCUAUCAUAUAUGCCAUAACACAUCCCAAAUACAGGUCAGCGCUCGGCAGGUAUAUUCCUUACCUCGGGGUAUUGCUGUGUGUUACUGGCAGAGACCGUUUCACCAGCAGUAGCUUCCAGUCCACCCGCCGAUCAACCGUCACCAGCCAAACAGAGAGCAAAGGCCCCAGCAGGCUUCGCAACUCCUCCCUGUCUGAGAGCGAAUCAGCCCGCUUCUCAGACACUGAGGAGGACUUGUCGUCUCGGACGCCUGACAUUCUCCAGUUGUCCGGUGAUACCAAACAGGUGCGCCAUGCCAACAAGAGGUCAAAGGUGAGAGGUCGAAACACAGGAGAGUUUGAAAGCACUGCCGCCCACAACCCCACUGACCCAGCCAUAUGCAACCUCUCACAGAUCACACUGGACAAUGGGAUGGAGGAGUCUGGGCCAAGGAUUGCGUAUACGACAACGCCAUCCGUCAUUGUAACAUCCAUAUCCAGCCCGGCUAUACUGCAUUGUCCCCCAGGUUUCCAUGGCAACUUUAAAUUGACCAAAAGGUACAGCCUGGUUGUCAAGGAGCCCCUUGACAUAGCCAGGAUGGAGACAACUGCAUUACCAUAGACAGCUGAAUAGAAGUGCAACAACAGUGUGUACCUAUGUGUGUGUUUCAAUAUUUUACUCUCAAGGAGUUUUAUUUUCCAGCAAGCCGUUUGCUAGUUAUGUUAGGAACCUCUUUUCUAAAAACCACACACACAUCCCAGUGCCUGAUAGAAUGGGAACGGGAUCAAAGUAAUAUUUAAAAAUAUUUAAAGUUUGAGGAAAGGCCUUGUGUUUGACAUUAUACAGCGUCAAAAACAUGUCUACUUGGUGUGCCGGUCUAACUGUGCCAGUAUUUCGGAGCCAGAAGCAACAAAUUAGCCUUAACAAGACAAUGUUAAAAGUGAAA